AUGCCCUGCGUGGCGCGUGGCAGCUGCAGCGAGGAAUACCCGACACUGCAGCACCUGGUGGCGGGCCCGCCAGACCAGGAGAGCGCCGAGCGCGGCAGCAGCAGCGGCAGCGGCAGAGGCGGCUGGGGCGCGAGCGAGGGCGGCCGGAGCGCGGGGUAUGGUGGCGGCGCCGACGAGGAGCGCGGCGGCAGGCAGCAAUACCGCGGCGGCGGGGGAUUGUACCGAGGUGGCGGCAGGGGUGAGGACCGCGGGAGAGACGACGAUUACGCGAGCCGCAGGGACGACUACCGCGGCCCCAGGGACGGCGGCCGCGGCGGCGGCAGGGACGCGCCCCGACGCGGCGGCCAAGAGCAGUACGGCAGCGGCGGCAGGGGCUACGGCGGCGGCGGCGGCGGCAGCGAUGAUGAUGAGGAGUAUGGGGGCGGCCGCGGGGGGCGGUACCCCGCGCGCCCCUCCAAGUCGGCCCUGCGGGACGAGCUCUUUGGGGUCGUCCUCUACGGCGUCGCCCCCAUCCUGGCCGCGCUGCGCGCCAAGCGGCGCACCGCCCACGUGCUGUACAUUCAGGAGGGGGCGGACGCCUCGACGCGCAAGGACGGGCGAGCGUUCGAGGAGUGCCAGGAGCUCGCGAGCGCCGCGGGCGUGGCGGUGCGCCGCGCGUCGAAGCACGACCUCAACAUGCUGGCCGACAACAGGCCGCACCAGGGCCUGCUGCUGGACUGCUCCCCACUGGACUGGAUCCCCCUCGACCGCCUGCCGGACGCGCCCGGCGCGGCGCCUGCAGCGGCGGGGGCAGGGGAGGCAGAGGAGGGGGAGGAGGCGGGCCGGGCAGAUGCAGAGGGUGGCGCUGCUGGCGGCGGCGAGGCGGCGGCGGCGGGGGGCCGGGGGCGGCACCCUGUGUGGCUGGCGCUGGAUGAGGUCGUGGACCCGCAAAACCUGGGCGCCAUGCUCCGCUCCGCGCACUGCCUCGGCGCCACCGGCGUCCUCGCGAGCGCCAAGAACUGCGCGCCGCUGUCGGCCGCGGUCAGCAAGGCGUCUGCGGGCGCGCUGGAGGUGAUGACGCUGCACAACUCGAAAAACCUGCCCCGCACGCUGGCCGACGCGGCGGAGCGCGGCUGGGCGGUCGUGGGGGCGGCCGGCGAGGCGGCGGCGACGCCGGUCGCGCAGUUCAGGGUCAACCGGCCGACGGUGCUCGUGAUGGGCAACGAGGGCGUCGGCCUCCGCACCAACGUCCGGCGCGCCUGCACCCAGAUGGUGCGCAUAGAGAUGGGCAUCGGCCCCAAGGCGCGGCGCGGCAGCGGCAGCAGCAGCGGCGGGGAGGCGGCCGUCGAGUCGCUCAACGUCAGCGUGGCGGCGGGCAUCCUGCUGCACCACCUCAUCGCGCAGGAGGCGGCGCCCUGA